AUGAUUUUUUUAGCCGGACUAUUCAAUCGUUCCUCGUUAUCCUUCAUCCUGGUUUCGGUCGUGCGCUUGGUAUCGAUCGUCACAAUUCUUUUCGCAUUCGCCAUGGAAAUCUACUUGAUUGUUGUUAACAUCCAAGGCGUCCACCGGCAUUCUCAGGACAGCUCAGCUGACUCCGGCAGUCAGAGGCGAGACCUCGGCUCUUCCAAGUCCAAUAAUGCUACCACCUUGCCGCUAGCAACAUCAGCGUGUGGCUACAUCAAUGAAACAAAUAUACCUACCACAUUUGGGGGUAUUCUUUUUUUCGUUCUAGGACAACUGUUCAACAUGAUCAUCCUAAUACUAUGUCUUCUCUCCGAAUUGUCUUUUCCUCCGUUACCUAAAUUCUUUCAGUUUUUCUUCCCACCUCUGGGACAAUCAUUCGGAGUCGGCUUUUUAGGAGCUUUGCAAGUGUACGUCUCUUGCGCCCUGCUAUCGCAUCACGUCAAUACCACCUCCAGGGCGUCGUUCUGGAUGUUGUUUGUUAUCGGGAUCAUCAACGUCUUCUUGGGGGUUAUCUUUGGGCGACGGAUACGGAGCAAGAGAAGCUUGUUGGAUGCUGGCACGGCCUAUGCGAAGAAGACGGCACACAUCGACGAUAUUGAGAUCGGUUUCAAUUUUGCCCAGAAAGGUGCCAAGAAGGGUAAAAAGGCCUUCAAAAAUCUCAAGCCUUCGAUGAUCAGCAGGCCCCAGGAAAUGGAUGAAAACCCAUUUCAGACUUCCGAAACCAAAGGAAUCCAUCAUCCACUCGAGAUCAGUCGGCCGAUCAUCGACUACAUCCAGCAUCGCAAGGCAACUUCAACCGCAACCAACCCCAACCAUCCUGAGCAUUCUAUCUCGCUUCCUGUGGAACCGUCCCCGAUUUAUUCGUCGUUCAAAACUAUUAUGUCGGAGCAUCCGAAGAAAUCCCAGGAUACCCUUCACCCAUAA